CGCCGCCGCCGCUUCGCCAUGAGCCGCGAGUGCGGCCUCCUGCUGCCGCGCGUGUGCGCCGCGCUGGCCGGCCCGCGCCCGCCCGCCGCCGCCGACACCUGCCUGCAGAAGCUGCUCGACUGGCUCGGGGAGCUCAGCGAGGCCGAGCCCGGCCUGAAGCUGCUGCAGGACAACCCGUGCCUGGCGGAGCUGCUGGCCGCCGUGCUGGCGCUGCCCGAGCCCGGCGCCGGCCUGCUCUCCUUCGCCCUGCGGCUCGCGGGGUUGCUGGCCGCCUCCGAGAGCGCCUUCCAGCACCUGCAGCAGGAGCAGCUGCUGGCCAGGCUCUUCGGCGAGGCCGGGCCUCGCGCCGGCGCCGCCUGGGCCGACGCGGCCGUGCGCGGCGCCUGGCUGGACGGCGCGCGCAGCAUGGCGCUCCACGAGCCCGCGCUGCGCCUGCUGUGCGCCCACGGAGCCCUGGAUGUCAUCUUCACUCUGCAGGGAGACCCCAGCCUGUUCGUGGCCUCAGCUGCCCGGCGGCUCCUGGUGCACACGCUCUCCUUCUCCCUUGAGUAUGAAAUGCCUAAAGCUCCCGGCACCAGGGUCUGCUACUGGCCCCCGUGCGCCCAAGUGAUUGUAAAGCACAUAGAAGAUUCCCUUCAGUCCAGCUCUGUGUCUCACGUGAAGCAGUCGUUAAAGCUGUUAGCUGGUUUGUUUGGCAGCUGUCACGCGCCCUGGACUGAAGUGCUGUGGUCGGGUAUAGCUAAGCAAGUACAGUCCUUCCUGACGGAAGAGUCCGUUCAAGCACCGCACCUGCUGGCGGAUCUUUUGCUUAACAUGUCCAGGUCUCCUGUGUUUUGUGAACCUGAAAGCAGUUUUUGGCCAUUAGUGACAUCUGCUCUGGAACAUUUAACCCCUGUACAAGCAGGUCCUCUGGCAGUGGGAAUUCUGAGGUUGCACAAAUGCCCACAAGAUGUGAGGAUUCAGGCAGUAACUGUUCUGCUUCAGCCAAUGGACUGCAUUUUAAGAGCAGCCUCCCAGCCUCUGGAAUAUUCAGGUUUGUUGGAUGAGUCUGUCACUGAUCCUGCCACUGUUGAAAGUCUUCUGUCCUCCAAGUCGUCUUGUGCUAGUCUCCUGUGUCAGACUCUCGGUCAUCUGGAAGAACUACUCUCUCUGAGUCAUUUGCCAGUGGAUUUACCCGGUACAUCUUUGCUGCGUUCCGUCAUGACAAUAUUACGAUUCUGUAACGGCCUCCUCAUUCCAACUUCUCCUCUGGGCAGCAAGAUAAGCCAAACUUUGAUUGGUUGCUUCAGAGUACAGAGGUCAGCUCUUGAUGUCCUGGCUGUGCUGUCAGAGCAGAAGGGAUGUGACGUACCUGUAGAGAGUUUAUUUGACAUCCUUUUGUCAUACCUGGAGAGUCCCAACACAAAUCCUAUGGUUCUGAAAAAAUCAUUUCAAGCUACAUCCAAAUGGCUAGUGUGCUUACCUGAAAUGUCGUGCUUCAGCAGCCAGUGGCAAAUCAAGAAGAUUCUGCAAGAUGUAUUUCUGGUGCUGCAGAAGCGUUUAUGCAGUCCUUGCUGGGAAGUACGGGAUUCUUCUCUGGAGUUCCUCACUGUCUUGAUUAACGGCCUGAGAGACCACGAUGAGUUCAGGCAGACACUCCUGUCUUCAGAGGUGCCAAGACUUACGGAAGAUCUUCUUGGGGACCCGGAGAGUUACGUGCGAGCAAGUGCUGUGACUGCUGCAGGACACUUGAUCCUCGUUACUUACGUUGCUCCGGAGUCACCUGUCACAGGGAAUCAAUACAAUAAAGAGAACACUGUAGCAAAGCUUCAGGAAAUCUUGUCUAGAGAUCCAGAGGGCUUUCCUAGAAGGGCUGUGAUCAACAUCUUCAUCAAGUGGCUGAGGAAAGGUUACACCAGUCUGCUGCAGGAUACAGAGCAGUUCGUCUCUGAGGUGAUCCAGACUGCGGAGAGGGACUUAGACUGGGAAGUCAGACUUGGUGGUUUGGAGCUGGUUGAAGUUUUCUUUGUCCAGACGUUUUGCCGAUGUGGCCGCCCUAAAUGCCCCUAUGCUCCUUUCUCACCCGAGUUCACUAGCUCCGUUUGUCACAAUGAGUCGCUGCAGGUAUUUUGCCGAGCGAAACUGUUUGGCUUUUUAUUUCGCUCUCUGUGCGACUGUGACAGGCCAGUGGGUCAGAAAGCCUGUGAUAUACUGCUUGCCAUAAGAUCCAGUUUUUAUCCAAGUAACUCCCUGAAGGAUUCUCAAGACCCCGAAGAAGUAGGACAUGGCAUUGCCUGGCUACAGAGGACACUAAGGCAGGGAUCUCUGGCCCAGACCUUCCCCGCGGGCAGCAGUCACGAGGUUGACUUCCAAGAUCCAGAGAGCAUGCUGCUGGCUUUGGGAACAAUAGACCUGGAAGAGCUGCACGAUGAUCUGAACAAAAGCAGUGACCAUGUGGAAAAAAGCCCUCAGUCACUCUUACAGGACAUCCUUGCUGCUGUGGGGGCUGCAGAGGACAACGAAGCCGAUUGCUACUAAAGACAUCUUCUGCUUUUGAGGGAGCAGCGCUUCAAGCCGUUGCCUUUUGGAGAAGAAUUUUUGCUAGUCACGAAGUUUUUCUUGAGAGAGUCUCUGAAGAAGGGCUGCCCUAUUUAAAGAAAAAGGUUUUGUUAUUUGUUAAACGGGUUGGACAAUCUUUGAUUUAAAACUGAUUAAAAUUUUCUGAUAAAAUGUAAUUUAUAAUUGAUU